UAUACCAUCCAAUUCGAAUAAUAUGUCAACUGGAGAGAACGAAGAGACUGAUAAGGUGCUCAACACUACAAAAGAUGAAAUAAUUGAGAAAGCUGAAGAAGACCAUAGUCAACACUUUAAGCGUAAAACACUUCGCAUUGUUUUGAUUGGCCAGACGGGUGCUGGGAAAAGUGAAACAGGGAACACUAUAAUAGGUGCUAAAAAGUUUAAAUCUUCGCCAUCUUCAAAGUCGUGUACGGAAGUCUGCCAAAGAGAGGUCGUAGUGAAAGAAGAUGUAAUCCUAGAGGUUCUUGAUACCCCGGGUCUGUUUGACACACAUAAACCAGCCGAGGAGCUGAGGAAAGAGUUUUUAAAAUGUAUGGUAAUGAUGAAUCCUGGACCUCACGCGUUCCUUUUUAUUCUAAAGAUGGGUCGUAUUACGGAACAAGAGAAGAAGACACUUAAAUAUCUCAAAGAUAUCUUCGGUGGCGAUCAUUUUCUUAAACACACGAUUAUCGUCAUUAUUAGGAAAGAUGAUUUACAGCAGGUCGAUUCGAACACAAAAAUGACCGAAGAAGAAAUUAAUGAACGUUUUAAAGCCCUUCUUGAAAACUCGCCAGAUCUUUACUUUAUGGUUUCUAAGUGUGAAAAUAGAUGCUUUUUAGUUUCUAAUAAAGGAAGGGUGGAUGGACAAAGUCGCAUAAAACAAGCCAAUAAGCUUUUAUCACUUAUAAAGAAAAUGACAGCCGAAAACGGAGAUACGUUUUAUUGUUAUCAAUACUUCUUAGAACUCGAGGAAGAAAGGAAGUUGAAAUUGAGGAGAGAAGCUGAGCGAGAGGAAAGAGAAAGACGGUUAGAAAAAGAGAGAGAAGAGAAAGAGAAACUGGAAAAAAUCAAGGAACAGGAACUUCAACUGAAGCUGGAAAAGCUCGAACUGGAAAGGGAUAGAGAAAGAAGAAGAGCAGCCAGGGAAAAGGAAAGAUUGGAAUCUCAGUUGAGGGAGGAGAGAGCCAAACAAAAACGUGAAGAACAGAGACGAAGACAAAGAGAACGAGAAAGAUAUUUAGAAGAAUUAGAAGAGGAGAAGGAACGCGAAGAACGUCGUCGAGAACGACUGCGCAGGAAGGAAGAAUAUCGUCAGGAACAAUUGCGCACACAGUCGUCACAGUCCGAUAGCUGGGGCUGCACUGUUAUGUAG